AAACUGGGGCUGAGGGUCAAGUUACAAGGCAGAUAUAAAAAGCCAGUGCUUACCCAGGAACUCUUAACUUGCCUGGACAUUCUGGACCCUUACAGGAAGCAAUUAUCGCACUGCAGACUCAGGCCUAGCCUGUCCAGAGCAGCAAGUGAGAGGAAACAAGCCAGCAUUGUAAGAGGACAUGCUUCUCCUCCCUCUCUCCGUGCUGCUCCUGCUCACACAGCCCUGGAGAUCCCUGGGAGCAGAAAUGAUGGUCCAUUCCCAGAAAACACUGGCCAACGGCUGUACCCUGGUUGUGUGUAGCCCUCCGGAGAAUGGCUUGCCUGGUCGUGAUGGAAAAGAUGGGAGAGAAGGCCCCCGGGGAGAGAAGGGAGAUCCAGGUUCACCAGGACCUGCAGGACGAGCAGGGAGGCCUGGACCAGCUGGUCCCACUGGGCCGAAAGGAGACAGUGGCUCUGCUGGAGAACCUGGACCAAAGGGAGACACUGGACCACCUGGGCCUCCAGGUAUACGUGGUCCAGCUGGAAGAGAGGGCCCCUCAGGGAGGCAGGGGAGCAUGGGACCUCCAGGCACACCGGGCCCCAAAGGAGAACCUGGGCCCAAAGGAGGAGUGGGUGCCCCAGGCAUGCAGGGCUCCCCAGGUCUCAAAGGAGAGAGAGGUGCACCCGGGGAGAUUGGAGCCCCUGGACGUGCUGGGGCAGCAGGGCCUGCUGGAGCCAUAGGUCCACAGGGGCCUUCAGGUGCCAGGGGCCCCCCAGGACUGAAGGGGGACAGAGGUACUCCUGGAGAAAGAGGAGAAAAGGGUGAGAGUGGGCUUGCAGAGGUCAAUGCUCUCAGGCAGCGGGUGACAAUCUUAGAGGGACAUCUGCGACGCUUCCAGAAUGCUUUCUCUCAGUAUAAGAAAGCGGUGCUCUUCCCUGAUGGCCAGGCUGUCAGGGAGAAGAUUUUCAAGACGGCAGGUGUGGUCAAAUCAUAUUCAGAUGCCCAGCAGCUCUGCACAGAGGCUAAGGGACAGCUGGCCUCCCCACGCUCUGCAGCCGAGAAUGAGGCCGUGACACAGCUGGCCAGAGCCCACAAAGAGAAUGCUUACCUGAGCAUGAAUGACAUCUCCACGGAGGGGAGGUUCACCUACCCCAGUGGGGAAAUACUGGUCUAUUCCAACUGGGCCAGUGGGGAGCCCAACAACAGCAAUGAUGGACAACCAGAGCACUGUGUGGAAAUCUAUCCUGAGGGCAAGUGGAAUGACAUACCCUGCAGUGAGCAACGCCUCGUGAUCUGCGAGUUUUGAGCUCCUCCCCCCUCCCCCCGCCCCAGGGAAGGGGGCAAUGCCCAGAGCUGUGAGCUGCCAACAUCCCAAUAAAAAGGUGACUGUCUGCUGCUCACGGCUUCCCCACUGAGCCACGGGAUAAGGCCACAAGGCAGGCCUCCUAUGUAACUCCUCCCUCAGAAUAAAGGUUGAAACUGGCUUCACA